UCACCGGGCCAAAGCGUCCAAAGGCAGCAAGAUGAAGUACACAGUGGUAGUCCUCUCGGCUCUGUUAGUCACAGCCCUGGCAAACCCUAUAACAUUCAAAGACUGUGGAUCCACCGGUGCCACGAUACAGUCGGUAGACGUUUCAGGAUGUACGGCAGAGCCUUGUCAUCUAGUCCACGGCACAAACGCCACCGUCUCAGUAAACUAUACCGCAACUGAAGACGUGACCCAUCCAACUAACUCCAUAUAUGGUAUUAUUGACGGCGUUCCGAUCAAGUUUCCAACAGAGGAGGAUUGUUGUGCCAGUAAAAAUCUAGACUGUCCCAUCAAGUCCGGAUCUCAGUCACAGUACAAGAACAGCAUCUUUGUUGCACCAGCCUACCCAGAGAUCACACUUGUCGUCAAAAUGGCUAUCCUCGACGAUAAAAAACAUGAAUUUCUGUGCAUAGUAUUUCCAGCCAUCAUCACCAGCAGUUAGAGGGGGACAACUCAAAAUAUCCUUGUUAUAUACAUAUGUUUCUUUAUAUUACAUUUUAUAAACAAA